UAUCCUGCAGCUACUCCAGUGGGUUUCACUCCUGCUUCCAGCAGCUUUUGGCUUUCAGUUGAGUGACAUGUUUGGGGAAAUUCAAUCCCCUGCUUUUCCAACUGCAUAUGGAGACAAUAUCUACCAAACCUGGAACAUCUCUGUUCCUAGUGGAUUUGUGAUAAAACUGUAUUUCUCACAUUUCAGCCUCGAACCUUCUUACCGCUGCGACUAUGACCACGUUAAGAUCCUGAUGGAGAGGAAACAGCUGGCCAAGCUCUGUGGUGAGACCAGCACAGAUACAGAAGAGGCUCCGCGUGACAAACAAUUCUAUUCCACAGGGAACAACAUGACAGUGAUAUUUAGAACUGAUUACUCAAAUGAGAAGAGCUACAUUGGAUUUGCUGCACAUUAUGCAGCUGUAGAUAUUGAUGAAUGCGAUCAGAAAAUUUUUGAAGAGCCAUUCUGCGACCAUUAUUGUCACAACUACCUGGGAGGCUACUACUGCUCCUGUAAGCUGGGGUACUUUCUAGAUUCAGAUAAUAAAAUCUGCAGAGUCCGCAAGGUGUCCUCAAUCCAAAAGUCAGCCUUCAUACGUAAGGAAAUGGGAAUGUAAUGAUAUGCCAGUGUUAAUGCAGUACUGCUGUGUGUGAAUAAAACUAACUGAAC